AUAUGCCCGUGGCCGGCUUUCACAUUUUGCAGACAGACGCCGGUUUUCGAAGCACGCAUGAACGCAGAGCGGUUACACACCAACAUCAUCGUUAUUUUGUCGCCGUUUGUUUUACCGACAAGUCGAUUUCUUCUUCGGACGCUUCACGUCGACCUGCUGUUUGGUAAAUAAAUAUUCACACGUUCGUUAAUUUUGAACUGCACAGGACGUUUUGCGUGAUUAAUCGGAAGAAAAUGGAAAACCGGGCAAGGAACACGUUCGUACUCCUGACAAUUGUACUUGGCAUAGCGUUGCAAUGCAUUUCGGCGGAAGACGCGAAAACCACCGAUGCUCUUCCAACUGGAUCACCUGCAUCCGUCACCCCUGCGGCGGUCAACCCUGCACACGUUGAUUUGUCGGCGGCCCACGCUGAAAACGCCGCCAAAACCGUACCGCAAAAUUCAGAGACGCCGAUGACAAAUAACAACUCUUCGACACAACACAUAAAUAUUGAAGUAUACUAUGAAGCGUUAUGCAAGGAUAGUGUUGAAUUUGUCUCAAAACAGUUAUUACCUGUAUAUAAUAAGCUAAACAAGUUCAUCAAUGUGACAUUUAUUCCUUUUGCUCAAGGAAAUAUCACACUAAACACCACUGACAACACUUACAAUCUCACAUGUAGACGUGAUGGAGAGUGUGCUGCUGAUAAAGUACAUGCUUGUGGUAUUAAUAAAAUCAAAGAUAGCGAAAAGUUAAUCAAAUUUGUGAAUUGUUCUUUGACUGAAGGAUUCAAUAGUCCAAAUAAAACUGUACCAAUCGAAGUGUGUGGCAAAAAUAGUAGCAUUGAUAAUAGCAUCGUUACUGAAAUCACUGAAUGCGCCAAUAGUAAAGACGCAUGGUCUACAUGGCUCCAAAAUUAUAAGAAUAUGUCUACUAGUGCUAAUGUGACAAGUGUACCUAAAAUUUUAAUCAACAAGGUUCCUACUGAAGACAUAACAUCAAAUAAUUUAAUGAAAGUUGUAUGUAAACAAAUUAAUGAAAAAGAUUUACCUGCCGAUUGCAAUACUUUUGUUAGUGGAUCAGAUAAACUUGCUGUUGGAGUAUUACCAAUAUUAAUUGGUGCUUUUUAUAUCAUAAAAAUGAUCUAAGUCUUAAUAUAUAAGGAUUAUAAUAUUUUAAGUUUAUAUUUUUAACUAACUAUUCAUCUUAUAAUCUGUUAGUUUUAUAAGUAUCUUUUUUAUUACCUAUUAUUACUCAUUUAUUACAUAUAGCUUUGCCACACACUUAUUUAAUUGUAAUUAAAAAUGUUAGUGUGUAUCCAUUUGUCUCUUAGACUUACAUAGUAGUAAUUGAUAGAAAUAUUAGAAAUACACCAUGAUUUGCAACGGACAUUUAAUUAUAUAAAAACAACUUUAAACAAA